ACUUGUUAUUUUGGUUGUAGGCUAAAUUAGCGCUCUUGAUUUGUAAAAACUUAAAAACAGUGGAUUUGUUUGUUUGCUCGUCAAUGGACGGUGUGCCUUGCCUUCGUGUGUCGCAGUGUUAUGCACAACAGUUCAGGAAACAUCUACAGUCCAAAGGAGCUCUGGACUUAAGUUUGUCUUUACUGAAAGACUCAGGUGGGACGGUCCUCUUGCCCAUUUUACCAUCCCAUCUGCCACAACUUGAUCUGCAGUCUCUUAGAACCACGGUGGCUUCAGACAGUGUUUGUGAAAUAGUUUGGAGUCAGUCUCCUCUGCAGUCAAAGAAGAAGAAUGGACAGACGAGUGGUAAUAAACUAGAGAAAAACCUCCAGGAGCUGUUGGCGUGUAACAACGAAAGAUGGACGGAGGAGCUGAGGGACGACCUCCCUCGCAGCUUCCAGAGACAUGGAGAUCUAGUCCUGCUGGGAGACAACUGCUUCUCCCUGCAACUCUGGAAGAAAAUUGAAGAACAGCUAUGGAGUGCAGUGGCAAAAGGAAUGGGCGCAAAACGUCUGGCAAAGAUGAGUCGGAUAUCCAGGGAUGGAUUCAGGUCUCCCAUGGUGACGAUGCUCUUAGGAGAGAACAGCUGGGUCAAACAUGUAGACAACAGAAUUACGUAUGAGUUUGAUGUCACUAAGUGCAUGUUCUCAGCCGGAAACAUAACAGAGAAGCUGCGUGUGGCUGGAUUUGACUGCAGAGGGGAGACGGUGGUGGAUUUGUACGCAGGUAUUGGAUACUUCACUCUGCCAUAUCUGGUCCACGCCGGGGCCAGUUAUGUUCACGCCUGUGAGUGGAGCCCUAACGCAGUGGAGGCUUUGCAGAAAAACCUCGUGGCAAACGGGGUGUCCGACCGCUGCACAGUUCACCAUGGAGACAACAGACAACUGCAGCUGUGUGACAUUGCUGACAGGGUGAACCUGGGUCUCAUACCGAGCUCUGAGGACGGCUGGCCCGUCGCCUGUCGACUACUGAAGAGAAAAACCGGUGGCAUUUUGCACAUUCACCAGAACGUUACCUCACCGUUACCGAGCGCGUCGGCUAUUCCAGCAAUCAAUGAUGCCACCUCGAGGGCUUCUGGGAAGGCAGCUGACAGAGAGGCGUGGCAGGUCUGGGCUGAUGACACAGCAAACCGCAUCGCCUCACUUUUAAAGGACAUCACUGGUGCUCGGUGGAUAACAAACGUCCAGCACAUUGAACAUGUGAAGUCGUAUGCACCUCAUGUUCACCAUGUUGUGCUGGACUUAAAGUGCAGACCGUCCUGAGUGAGACACUGAGUGGACACAGAGACAUUUAACAUUAAAGUGUGCCUCAGUUUGGAGAAGAAAAAAAGCAACUGUACAAUCCAAAAGUUUCCAGUGCAAUCAGCCGGUCUGUUUAAUAGUCUCAUCUGCUGCAGUGUUUCAAUAAACCUUUAUUUAUCCAGGGCAGGUUCACUGACAACAAACACUGUUUUCAUAGAAACACCCUUCCUCGCACUCAUGCAAAUUUAAUCCCGUUUGUGACAACAACCACAGCCUUAUCUGUUGGCCACGGGACAACAGAAGUGUAUUAAGGUGCCUUGCUAAAGGGCACUGCUGUGUUAUACUCACUGAAUUUCCCUGCUGUGUUUGACGACUACGUCCUUUAUGGUUGACUGAAAUGGAAAACUGUAGUCUGAGACAUGACUCACAUCACUGUGAUGGUAAUUACAGGAACACUCAAACUUACAAACUCCAACAUUAUGAUUGAUUAAACUGCAGGAUUCAUUAUUUGCAAUAAAUUUAAAGGUUAACCUCCAGAAUUUGCUAAAACCUAAUUUUCAUCUACAGUCCAUAGGUGGUUGCUACUAGUAAUGCAUAUGUUGCAGUUUAAAAAAAAAAUUAGUUAUCUUAAAAACUUGAAUGUACUAAACUGCCAUGUCUGUAUAUCAUUUUAACGUUAGGAGGAAUAGCUAGUUUUUGCAAAAACACUUGCAAAUACUACUAACCUGGUGUAAUGUACUGAGAGACAGAAAAAAAAGACUACUGAGGGGUUUGCUGGGAAGAAGCCAAGCGGUCCAAAAUAUCAAUGUGUAUGUGUGCUGGAGCCUCAGUAAGAAGUGAUUGGGAAGUCUGUCAUAUAAUUUCAAAGAGAUGCAAAGCAAAUGUCAAAUGACAACAAAAAGAAUCAAAAUGACUUAAAAGAGACAUAAUUAUCACUAAGAUGCAAAAAUGACAACAAAAAUGAUCCCUAAGCAGCUACAAAGAGAUGCAAAACAACUGAAAAACCAGGAUAGAGACACAAAAUGCAAAAUGACUACAAAGGCACACAAAAUUACCGCUACGAUGCAAAAUGCAUGUUAAGAAAGCCAAAAUGACCACAAAGACACUAAAGCAAAAUAACUGCAAAACCAAGACAAAAGAUUCAAAAUAACUUUAAAGAGGCAUUAAUGUCUGCAACAUGAUGCAAAAGUACUGCAAAAUGGCAUAUUAUGGCCAAAUAAAGACACAAAUCUACUGCAAAGAGACACAAAACAGCCCCAAAGACAUACAAAACCACUUCAUAGAGAUUUUAAAUGGCCACAUACAAAUACAAUAACAUGUAAAAUGGCCACUAAGAAUGACUGUGCAGAGACACAAGGUGACUACAAAGAGUCAAAAAAAAAUAUGACGAGACACAAAAUGAUGGCGAUGUUGUCAUCAGGCGUCAGUGCCUCAAGUGACAGUAUUUGUGUUUCUUUCAGUCUGGGGGUGUGGCUCUGAUGUAGAGGAGGUAAAGGAGCUUUUUCAUGUCUGUGUCUGAUUGUUCCAAAAUCCAUUCAUGAAUACAGAUGUUUUCAUACAGCGGGGAGGAGCAUGGAAAUGAUGUGAAUCAUAUGACACUGCCUUCAAAGUCAGCAGAUAUGAACCUGAUUGAACAGCUGCGGGAGAUUUUGGACCCAAAUAAGGGAAAGUCUUCUGAUGAAUGGUGUUCAUCCUUUCAGUAGACGGCACCGACGCUGUUCGUUAUGUUACACGUUACUGAGACAGUUAAUGUUGUUUUUCUCAUCACCCAUAUUGUAUCUGUUGUGGAGGUAACGAGAGGUAAAAGCACACAUUUUGUCUUUGUCUUUUUUUGUGAGUAAUGGCGUAUGAGUUUCCUCUUAAGUGUAGUAUUAAUCAUAUAAAACACAAAGUCAGCAGAAAGAUCCAGGGUCACCUCUGUCCAUCCUCAGUCAAGCUUAACUCAGUCUGUGAAUACAUGGAGGCACCUGGUGCUGCACGUUUAAAUGGUAGAGACUGAAACAGCAGAGCCGUUAUCCAUAAUAAACCUGAUAAUUAUCAUCAGCAAAUCAGGUGUUUCAGUCAUAGACAUAAUAUAUAAAUAUCUUCAUUAAGUAGGAGUGUUUGUGUUGAUUUAGACCACACAAGAAAUGAUAUGAAUGCAUCCAAUUUGGGAGAAAAGACAUCUCAUUCUGACCUCUUAGACAUCAGACAUCUGUUGCAAGUCAGGCAACCACUGCAGGUGAAAAUAAAUUUUUCAUGGUUAAUUUUGAGAUUUUGGGCUUUUUUUGCCUCCGUAACAUGCCUUCUUUCAGCCAAAUGGAAAUUAAACUUCCAAAAUACAGAUUUAUGUGUUUAUAUUAA